UGGUAGUCUAAAAGUAGGCUUUGCAAAUGCUGGAGUUUUCCUUGUCUUGAAUGUUAACAGGACUGGAAGACAUUUGGCAGUUUCUCCAGAGUCCAGCUGUGUAUCAAUGAAGAGUGAACAGUCCAUGCCAGAACCUCUACACUUUAGCAGUGAAAAUGUACCAUCUGACCCAGAGACUAAAACACAGAGAGCAGCUUCUCCAGAGCCCAGCUGUGUAUCUCUAAAGAGUGAUCAGUCCAUGCAGGUGCCUCUACAGUUCAGUGGUGGAGGAGGAAACUCUGACUCAUGGACUGAUAGACAUUUGGCAGUUUCUCCAGAGCCCAGCUGUGUAUCAAUGAAGAGUGAACAGUCCAUGCCAGAACCUCUACACUUUAGCAGUGAAAAUGUACCAUCUGACCCAGAGUCUCAUCUUGUGGACCCCUCUUUCCAAACUACAUCGAUGAUCUACAAGACCUUAGAAAGGUGCCAGAUGUCCCGCAGUGUUGUUUCUAAAGAAAACAGUGUCAAGAAGCGAAACAUAGACCAUAUAUUCAAGGAGCUGCAGCAGAAGUUUAUCUCUCUAGUGAAGAAUGAGCUGAAUACAUUCAAAAAGCUCCUGAGUCGAGAUUGCCCAGCAUGCCUUGAGGGAGAGGUGGAGGAUGAGGAUCGGAGAGAAGGAGUGCUGGAGAUCACACUGCACAUUCUGAGGAGCAUGAGGCAGACAGACCUUGCUAACAAACUACAGAGCAAAUUGGCCCCUGCUUGCCAUCACAAGCUCAAAUCCAAACUGAAAGAAAAAUGUCAAAGAAUUAAUGAAGGAAUCUCAGGGCAUGGAAACUCCUCACUUCUGAAUGAGAUCUACACAGAGCUUAACAUCACAGAGGGAAGGGUCGGAGAGGUUAAUCGGGGACAUGAGGUGAGGAAGAUUGAAGAUGCAUCCAGGAAAAUGGCAUCACAGGAAAGACCAGUCAAAUGCAAUGAUGUCUUUAAACCAUUACCCGAAGAGAACCAGCCAAUCAAAACUGUACUGACUAAAGGAGUUGCUGGAAUUGGAAAAACAGUCUCUGUGCAGAAGUUCAUUUUGGACUGGGCUGAAGGGAAAGCCAAUCAGGAUGUUCACUUCAUAUUUCCACUUCCUUUUAGAGAGCUGAAUCUGAUGAAGGAGAAGAAGCUCAGUCUGGUCAGUCUUCUGCAGUUCUUCUUUCCAGAAACAACUGAUUUAAAACCUAGACAUUAUAAGUACCACAAAAUCAUGUUCAUCUUUGAUGGUCUGGAUGAGUAUCGAAUGCCUUUGGAUUUCCAGAACCAUGAGAGCUUGGUGGAUAUAGAAGAACAAGCUACAGUGGAUGUUCUGCUGACAAACCUCAUCAGAGGAAAUCUGCUUCCCUCUGCUCUCCUCUGGAUCACAUCUCUUCCAGCAGCAGUCAGCCAGAUCCCUCCUAAGUAUGUUGAUCUGGUAACAGAAGUACGGGGUUUCAAUGACCCUCAGAAAGAGGAGUACUUCAAAAAAAGGAUCUGUGACCAGAACCUGGCUAACAAAGUCAUCACACACAUCAAAUCCUCAAGGAGCCUCCAUAUAAUGUGCCACAUUCCAGUCUUCUGCAGGAUUGCAGCCACUGUUUUAGAGAUAAUGCUCAGUGAAGCUGAGAGUGGGGAAAUUCCCAAAACCCUGACAAAGAUGUUUGCACGCUUCUUGGUGUUUCAGAUCAAAUGCAAAAGCCAGAAGUACAGUGGAAAAAGUGAUCUUGAUUUUGACCAGACUAGAAAAAGUAUUCUGGCUUUGGGGAAACUGGCUUUCAAGCAGCUUGAAAAGGGAAACUUGAUCUUCUAUGAGGAAGAUCUAAAAGAGAGUGGCAUUGACAUUAAAGAAGUGUCAGUGUACUCAGGAGUUUUUACUCAGAUCUUCAGAGAGGACAAUGAGCUGCAUCUGGGGAAGGUCUUCAGCUUUGUACAUCUGAGCAUUCAGGAGUUCCUUGCAGCUUUGUAUGCGUUUAUCAAAAGAAAGGUUCUGAAUCAGCAAACCAACAAACAUUUCAGGAUUUCAAAGCCACCAAUGACCAAUUUCCUCAACAGUGCAGUGGACAGGGCCUUACAGACUGAGGGUGGACAACUUGACCUUUUCCUUCGGUUUCUUCUGGGUCUCUCACUGGAGACUAAUUGGACUCCCUUACGAGGCAUACUCACACCAACAGAGAGGAGCUCUCACAGCAAUGAGGAAACGGUCACAUACAUCAAGAAGAAGAUUAAGAAGAGCAUCUGUCCAGAGGAACCCAUCAGAUUGUUCCACUGUUUGAAUGAACUGAAUGAUCACUCUCUUGUGCAGGAAGUGCAAAAAUACCUGUGCAGGGAUGGUGACCAUCAUCGUCGGGCCAGCCUUUCUUCUGUUCAUUGCUCAGCUCUGGCAUUUGUGUUGAUGAACUCAGAAGAAGAGCUGGAUGAAUUUAACCUCAGUAAAUAUGACUCAUCAGAACGCUGUCUUCCGAGGCUGCUGCCAGUUGUUGAAGCAUCCAAGAAAGCUGUACUAGCUUCAUGUAAUCUUGGGGAAAAUGUUUGUGAAAUUCUGGGAUCAGUUUUAAACCGGGAAAACUCUUCCCUGAAAGAGCUGGACCUUAGUAACAAUGACCUGCAGGAUUCAGGGGUGAAGCUGCUCUCUGCUGGACUAAAGAGUUCACACUGUAAACUGCAGAUUCUCAGAUUAUCUGGUUGUAUGGUCACAAAGAAAGGCUGUUCGUUUUUGGCUGAAGCUCUGACUUCAAACCCCUCCCAUUUGGAAGAACUGGAUUUGACUUACAACAAUCCAGAAAUAUCAGGAGUGAAGCUACUCUCUGCUAAACUUGAGGAUCCCCAUUGCAAAUUGAAGACACUUAGAGCUGAACAUGGAGGGGGGAUCAGAAUUAAACCUGGACUAAAGAAAUACGGCUGUGAUCUUACGCUGGAUCCAAACACUGCACACACUCAACUCUGUCUGACUGAGAAGAACAGAAAGGUGGUGGGUGGAGAGGAGCAGUCGUAUCCUGAUCAUCCAGACCGGUUUAAUGCAUAUCAUCAGGUGAUGAGUAGAGAGAGCCUGACUGGACGCUGUUACUGGGAGACUGAGUGGAGUGGGGAUGUGUGGGGAGCUGAUAUAGGUUUGACUUAUAAGACCAUCAGCCGGAAGGGACUGAACGAGGACUGCGGGUUCGGAUGGAAUGAAAACUCCUGGAUUCUGAUCUGCUUUAAAAACAGGUACUCUGUUCAACACAACAAGGACAUCACUACAGUUGCGUCUCGUCCCCCCAGCAGCAGGAGAGUGGGAGUGUAUGUGGACUGUCCGGCCGGCACUCUGUCCUUCUACAGCGUCUCCUCCGACACACACACUCUCACACACUUACACACAUUCAACACCACAUUCACUGAACCUCUCCAUGCAGCGUUUAGGGUUGGGGAAGGUUCCUCACUCUGUGUCUGUAAGAUGGAAUAGCCAAUUGUGAGUGUGUCUGUGUGUGCAUGUAAUUUAGAGCAUGUUAAAAACACAAACUAUGCACAUCAUAUUAUAUAAAAAUCAUAAAAUCAUGUUGGUUAGUUUACUAUUGUAUAUUAAUACAUAUCAGAUUAGUAUCAGUGUUAAGGAGUGUGUAUCACACUAUUGUUCUUCUUAAGGUAAAGUUUUAUUUUCUUCAUUUUGAUUCAAACUUCAAACACUGAUGCACGUCCAUCCAGAUCUGCAAUAAUGUGCCUGUGUACAGCUUUUGGAAAGUCCAAUUUAAAAAAAAAUCAAGCUCCCCUGCAAGUGACCUAAAAACGUCAGUUUCUACAGAAUUGUAGAACCAAUAGUAAAGUUUUCUUAUUUUAUGCAUUUGUAACCUUAUCCAACUAACAGCCCCCUAAGAAUGAAUGGUGUAAUGUUAGGAAAAAAAAC